AUGACGUCUAAGCAACUAUUGUUAGCAACGAUUUUCGUUUUCUACCUGGCGAUAUCGGUGCUCGGAAGUGGGGAUUUUUCAACUGGACGUAUUCAAGGUGCGGAACUCGUACAUCAUGAGAUUUACACACGGAGGGGUCUUCCGCUACAGAAAAGGGACGAAGAGGUUGAAAUAUGGGCACCAGAGCAUAAAACAAUCCAAGCAGUGGUUGUAAAAGACCUAAAAGGUAACGGAGAAAGCUACAUAAAGAAUGGUGGUAUUGGAAUGGAUAGGGUUACGCUGAAACUGAAGAGUCCAAGAGGCCGUGGGUUCAGCUUUUCUGUUGAUGUGUAUGCUGCAUAG